AUGUCGAGUAAUAGCAAUCCUCCGCCCACAAUGCCCAGCCUUCCAUGGCGAUGCAGUUCGUCCUUGAUUAUGGGCUUGACGGGCUCGAUGUCGAGGGGCUUUCUUUACGGGCUGAACAGGAUGGAAGUCGUUGGUUUGGAUCGCUUCCUGGAGGCACUGGACAAGAGGGAGGAUGUUGAUGGAAGGGAGAGGGGGUUAAUUACUGGUUUGUCUCCAAGUGAUGCUUGGGACCGGGACCGCACUGACGGGAUUAAUUGCAUAGUAUCAAAUCAUGUCAGCGUGAUGGAUGAUCCGUUGAUCUGGGGUGUGCUUCCUUUCAGAUAUGCCUUCAAUCCUACAAACCAUAGAUGGAGUUUGGGAAGUUACGAUAUUUGCUUUCAAAAUAGAUUUCUUAAAGCGUUCUUCACCUACGGCCAAGUCCUGCCUACGCACCGCAGCGCGUAUUCUUCCCACGGUGGUCUUUUCCAACCAACAAUGACCGAAGCGAUCCGUCUUCUCUCCUCCCAACCAUUCUCACAACUGCCCUUGAAUCUCUCCCAGGGUGUCGAAGCAUCUGACCCCUUCACAGCGGGCACACUCACAUACAGCACCAACAAUCUCGACUCCUUCCCAUCUCCCUCCUUCUAUCCUUCCCGAAAACAUUCCUGGGUCCACAUAUUCCCUGAAGGACGGGUGCACCAACACCCCACAAAGUCCCUCCGUUACUUCAAAUGGGGUAUAUCCCGCCUGAUCUUGGAGUCUGAGCCACUUCCCGACGUGAUCCCGAUAUUCAUUGAUGGAAACCAGGAAGUGAUGCACGAAUCGCGACAGUUCCCUCGGUUUAUUCCUCGCACUGGGAAGGAUAUCAAGAUCGCGUUUGGGGAGAAGGUAGAUGGAGAGAAAGUGUUUGGGGAGUUGAGGGAUCGAUGGAAGAGGCUGGUGCAGAUGCAGAAAGAUGCUUUGAGGAAGAAAGGUGGGAAAACGGAGUGGGAAAUGGGGGAGUUGACUGAGGGGUUGAAGUUUGGAAGUGAGGCUGUGGCGUUAAGGAAAGAGGUUACAAUGAGAGUGAGGUUGGAGGUGUUGAAGGUUAGGAAGAGUUUGGGGUAUGAAGAUGAGGAUCCGAAGCAAGGCUUGGUAGAGACUUGGGUUGAGGAGGGAGGAAAAGAGACCGGGAAGAUGAAGGACGGGUCUUGGGUUGGGAAUACGUGA